AUGGCGGAAGAUGCAUCUGCGGGCGGCUGGAGUACCAUCGAAUCAGACGAAGGUGUCUUUACAUCGUUGAUUGAACAGCUAGGAGUCAAGGGAGUGCAGUUCGAAGAGCUGAUCUCGUUAGACGCCGACUCCAUUCGUGCUUUGAGUCCUGUCUACGGCGUCAUUUUCCUCUUCAAAUGGAUCGGUUCAUCAUCCGAAAACAAAGGAGUUCCCCAAGACGGUUCAUACGACCCUGCAGCAGUGGAGGAUGAAGGACUAUUCUUUGCCGCCCAAACGAUCCAAAAUGCCUGUGGCACACAAGCCAUUCUGUCAGUCAUUCUCAACAACGACCAGUCCAGUGAUGCGUCAUCUUCCGGCGCGGAUGCGACGCGAGCAAGAAUCGAUAUAGGACCUGCACUACAAGAGUUCAAGGACUUUACAACGGGCUUCGAUGCGGGCUUGAGGGGAGAGUCAUUGUCCAAUUCGGACUUGAUUCGAGAGACACACAACAGUUUUGCCAGGUCAAGUCCGUUUGCGGACGAGACCCAGCGUGACGCGAGCGCCGGCACAGAAGACGUCUUCCAUUUCAUUGCGUAUACGUGCCACCACGGCAAGUUGUACGAGUUGGACGGAUUACAACCCUACCCGAUCUCUCAUGGCGACUGCACCCCGGACGAGUUCCCCGAGAAGAUCAUCCCCGUGCUCCAGAGGCGGAUUGAACGAUAUCCGCCCGGCGAAGUGCGGUUCAACCUUAUGGCUGUCUGUCAGGACUUGAGGAUCAAGGCCCAAGAGUUUCAGGACUAUGAGAGUCUGACGCGGGAGAAGCGGAAACGCGCGCAAUGGGACUGGGAGAAUGCUCUUCGGCGGCAUAAUUUCGUCGGCUUUACGGGCGAGGUGCUCAAGGGCGUGGUCGCGAUGAAGCUCAAGGAUGGAACGUAUGAGACUUGGGUGGAGGAGGCGAAGAAGACGACGGAGAAGAGAAUGAGAGAACGAGCCGCGAGAGGCCAGGAAGGCGCGGCUUGA